CAAUACAUUACCGUCGACUGCGUACGACGUUCCCUCAUCCGGCGUCGCGACCGUGUCGCCGCGUACGAUUUCCGCCGUCGCCGACGACCGGUAACGUUCUCGCUCGGGCGCGCUCGCGCGCGCGUGUGUGUGUGUGUGUGUGUGUGUGUGCGUGUGCGUGCGGUUCGACGACGACGACGACGACGACCACGGGCCCACGCCGGAAUCGACUUCCGAACGGCGUGUCCGGUACGCGAAAAACGGAACCGCCGCGGCCCGGUAACGGCCUUUACGACCACGCGCUGACAAAUACGCUCGUCCCGGUGGCCGCUUGGGCACGCGCGGUUAACAUCGCUGCUUCCGUUAUGCAAACAAUCGCGGUCUUCCGAUCGGCGACCGACGUUUUUGAAAUCUCGAUUACCGCGAACUGUGUUUUUUCGUUACACGUUAAUUCUUUUUAAUUUUUUUUUUUUUGUUCGUUUUUUUUUUUUUUCCUUCGUCCUUUACGCGUUUAUAAUUCGAUUUUAUCGUCGGCCCGCGUUAUUGUGUUUCUUCGUGGUGUUCUACGCGUCACCCGACAGUGGUAAAACGUGACAGUCGUACAACGCGAUAUUUUACAGUCAAACUCAAUGAUGUACGAAAGCACUUGUUCGUACCAAAGUGCGUUGGACCUGAAAAGGGUGGCGAUGUCAUCACCGCCAAAUAUAAAAACAGAAAAUGACUGUCUUCCGGCAACUACUCCUCAAUGGCCAUCAGUAGGAGUGGCUAGUUGCGCUUAUAGGUUCGCGUGUAAUUCCACUUUUGAACAACUUAAACAGUCAGUGGAAAAAGCAAAGGCCGCAUUACAAGACCGUGGAAGUUACUUAUCAUCUUGUGAUCUUGGUACUUCUCCAUUUUGUCCGGCAACGCCAUCAUCAAGAACGCCCGUGACUACUCAUCCAAAUACUAAUUCACUUGAUUUAUACCAAGAUGAACAAAAUAAUGCCGAUAAACGAAAUAAUUACAUUGAUUCAUCCAAUAGCAGAUAUGAUAAAAGUUCCGGAUUGAUGCAUUUAUCAUCUUCUACUCCAAAUGGUUUAUCUUCUGUAGGAAAAUCAUCGUAUUUACCAUCAUCCAUAUCAGAUUCUUUUAGAUCAUCAUCUAAAUCAGAUACACAUUAUAAAGGAUCAUGGAGUACACAUUCAUCGGGCCAAACACAAGAUCCAUACCAAAUGUUUGGGGCCACCAGCAGUCGAUUAGCUAGCUCUGGUUCUGGUCAAAUACAACUGUGGCAAUUUCUAUUGGAAUUAUUAUCCGAUAGCAGUAACGCGGCAUGCAUUACGUGGGAAGGUACAAACGGUGAAUUUAAGCUCACCGACCCUGACGAAGUAGCACGUAGAUGGGGUGAAAGAAAAUCGAAACCAAACAUGAAUUACGAUAAAUUAAGCAGAGCAUUAAGGUAUUAUUAUGAUAAAAACAUAAUGACUAAAGUACACGGAAAAAGGUAUGCGUACAAAUUUGACUUUCAAGGCUUGGCAGCAGCCACUCAACCAGCAGCUGCAGAUCCCACUGCGUACAAAUAUCAAUCAGAUUUAUUUAUGACCACCUAUCACCACCAUCAUCACCACUCACCGAAAUUAAACUUCAUCUCACCUCACGCGCCAGGAAUAACGUCUUCUACAGGUAGCAUAUUUCCGUCAGCGUCGUCGUAUUGGACCAACCCGGGAGCCAAUCUGUACUCGAACAUAGCGGCCGCGUCCGCGUCGCACUCGAUGGGCCACCACCAUCAUCCGGGAGCGAGCACCGCCGUCAGCCACCACACGGGCGUAUCACCGCACCUGGCCAGCUACUCUCACUACGCGUCACCAUGACCGACGGACGUGCACUGGGCCGCCCGAUCACUGACAGGCUCCACCGCGGCCCGACCACCACUUCCGUACAAGCCCAUCGAAUGAACGGGACCACAAAUCUCAGCCUGAACGUUCAAGAACAAUAACCGGCCAACUCUAUUGUAGUGGGGUAUAACUAUUAACUACUUCUACUACUAAUACUAUUACUACUACUACUACUACUACUACUACUACUACUACUACUACUACUA